AUGGAGGACCUCUUUACAUUUCUGUCCUCCUCAGCGAGACUGAACAAAAAGAACAAUAAGCCCAAGAAACGUCCACGCGAAGAAGAAGUGCAGCAAGUGGAAUCUGAUGACGAGCAAGACAAUGAGAGUGCCGAAAGUCAAGAUGAUGAUGAUGACGAUGAUGACGAGGAAGAACCAUCACGACAACUUUCUCGGGAUCGGACCGGAAAACGAGACACUAGCGAAAAGAAACAGCAACAGAUUCACAAGGAACAGAUUGCAGCCUUUCGAAAAUCCAUGCACAUUCGAGUCGCCAACAAACAUGAUCCUGAUCUUCCUGAUCCAAUGCCAUCCUUUUCCGAUAUGAGUCCGCCAACAUGGUGGAAGAAGCAGCAGUCCUUUCAAGGGAUUUAUAAUGCUAUUCAACGAAAUAUCGAAGCUGGUCGCUGGAAGGAACCAACAGCUAUUCAGAUGCAAUCGAUUCCAACACUCAUGGAGAAACGGGAUUUGAUUGGUGCGGCACCAACAGGGAGUGGUAAAUCUGGUAGUUUCCUCAUUCCAGCACUCUAUAUCAGCAGCGCUCCACAUGAUAUCUACUAUGGAGAACAGCCCAAUACAUCCCACUCUCCUCGUAAAAAGAAAAAGAAGAAAAAGUUAGACGGCAAUACCAAUGCAAAGUCCUCACGGGAAGGAGAAAUACGCACGCUGGUGUUGGCACCUUCCCGAGAGCUUGCCGCCCAACUGCACCGUGAAGUUGAACGUUUGGGCAUGGGAAAGCCUGGUGGUUUGACUUCGCUUUUGCUAUCCAAAUCUAAUGCUGCUCAUGUGAUUAGCAAUACUGCUGGUGGAAAGUCAGGUCUUGAUGUCUUGGUUUCGACUCCGCUUCGUUUGGUUGAUGCCAUUGAAAAGGGUAUGAGAUUAGAUUCGAUUCGUUUGGUAGUCUUGGACGAAGCCGACCGAUUGCUCGAUGGAGCAGAUGGAAAAGAAAGUACUCGAGGAAAGCCGAAUGAAAAGGGAUCGGAUGACGAACAAGAGGAGGAAGAGGAGGAUGCAACCAACAACGCGAGUGCCUCGGGGUCUCGACAGACACAAACAUUUUUGGCCCAAAUGGACUCCAUAUUAAGUGCGCUCCCAACCACUGCGACAAGAGCCUUGUUUUCGGCUACGGUGACACCAACCGUUCGAUCGCUCGCAGAGUCGAUUCUCCGAAACCCAGUCGAUUUGAAGAUUGCGGCUAAAGGUAGUUAUGGUGGUGCCAACACGGACAUUGAGCAGGAACUCAUGUUCGUGGGUCGCGAAGAGGGUAAACUCUUGGCCAUGAGACAGCUGAAGGAACGAGGGCAACUCAAGCCACCGGCUAUUGUCUUCAUGCAAAGCAAGGAGAGAGCUCAAGCCUUGUUUGCCGAACUUUUGUAUGAUGGAAUGCACGUCGACGUGAUUCAUGCCGGAAGAUCUCGGACGGCUCGUGACAGUGCCGUUGCCAAAUUUCGCAAGGGAGAAACCUGGGUUCUUAUCUGUACCGACUUGGUUGCCCGUGGAGUGGAUUUCCGGGCGGUGAACAUGGUCAUCAAUUAUGAUUUGCCCACGUCUGGAAUUACCUAUGUGCAUCGUAUUGGACGAACUGGACGAGCUGGGAGAAAAGGAAAGGCCAUUACUCUGUUUACAGAAGCAGACUUUGAAAAUUUGCGGACUAUUGCCAAUGUCAUGAAGCAGAGUGGAUGCAAGGUGGAAGAUUGGAUGCUACAACUCCGUCGCAGCAAUACGAAACAGGCACCGCGCCGAUCCACCAUUGACACGACACCGAACUAUGACAAGAAAAAGCGAUUUAAGAAAAAGCAAAUGAUCAAUCAUAGCAAGAAAAUGAAUCAGGGGCAUAAGAAAAAGUAA